AUGUUGCUUCAUCAUAGGGAUCCGGCACUGCACUCCUCGAGCUCCCAGGGGGAACAUUUCCGAAUAACAAAUCUGGAUAUUGCUUCUCAGAAAUCAAAAGACUCAGAUGUCGAAAUACAGUCAAUCGAGAAGCCAAGAAAGAGAUUCCCACCAUUAUGUGCGGGGUUGAUUCAUGAUAUUAAAGAUAAGGUACCGCAAUACCCUUCUGAUUGGAAAGACUCGUGGGACUAUAGGGUCAUACCGUCCGUUUUGGAGACAUAUUUCAACAAUUUACUUCCUGCACUUGCUUUCGCUCAGGACAUGUUUGAUAGAACAGACAACUCAUAUGGUGUUAAUGAAGUCCUAUUGUCAAGUGCAAUAGCUGGAUUAGUAUUUGGUAUCAUUGGUGGACAACCACUAUGUAUUGUAGGGGUCACUGGUCCUAUUAGCAUUUUCAAUUACACAGUAUACGAAAUAAUAAUGCCAUUAAAUAUCGACUACUUCGGGUUCAUGUUUUGGAUUUGCAUCUGGUCUAUGAUCACACAUUUUCUUUUAGUGAUUGUGAAUUCAGUUUGUCUCUUGCAAUAUGUCACUACGUUUCCCUGUGAUAUUUUUGGGUUAUUUAUUAACGUUGUUUAUAUUCAGAAGGGUAUUCAAAUCCUUACCAGACAAUUUGUCGACGAGAACAGCGAUUUCAAUCUAGCCAGCGGUUAUUCAUCUAUUAUGGUUGCACUAUUGAUGGCGAUUUUUGGUCUAGCAUUCAAAUUUUUCCAGUUAACUCCAUUGUUAACUUAUACAAUGAGAACACUAAUAUCUGACUAUUCAACUGCUCUAUCAGUUGUAUUUUGGUCAGGUUUUAUUCACUUUGGAGGAUUAUUAGAUUCCGUAUCAUUUCAAAAACUACCGAUAACCAAAGCAUUUGCUCCAACAAGACACGGAGACUCGCGCCAAACGUGGUUAGCGUACCAAGAUAUAUCAGUAGGUGAUGUUUUUCUAGCGUUACCAUUCGGAAUAGUUUUAACAAUCUUGUUUUAUUUUGACCACAACGUUUCCUCAUUGAUGGCGCAACGGAAAGAGUACAAAUUGAGGAAAGCCUCUACUUUCCAUUACGAUUUUGCUCUUCUUGGAAUUACAACCGGUAUAGCGGGCGUGCUUGGUAUCCCUGCACCAAACGGUCUAAUACCUCAGGCUCCACUACACACACAAUCCUUGCUAGUCCGUGAUGACGAUGGUAAUGUGAUACGAUGCGCGGAGCAGAGAUUCACAAAUACUGUACAGGGACUCAUGAUCUUAGGAACAAUGACAAGACCGUUCUUAAUAUGCUUAGGCCUCAUUCCGCAGGCGGUACUCUCAGGCUUGUUCUUCAUAAUGGGAAUUCAGGGUCUUGUCUCAAAUACAAUUGUUCACCGAAUAUGGUUUGUAUUCACAGAUCCUAAAAAGAAAAGCAAGGAUAGUACUUUGAACACUGUCUCAACCAAGAGUUUAUUACUAUUUAUAUCACUCAGUUUAGUUGGAUUCGUUGCUGAAUUCGCAAUAACAAACACAAAAGGUGCGAUUGGUUUUCCUAUCGUGUUGUUACUCACCGUCAUUUUAUCAUUGUUUUUCCCCAAAAUCUUCCCAGACAAAGACCUUGCCAUAUUGGAUGAACCGGUGUCUGAAGAAUUUACCUUGAAGAACAUCCUACCUCGAAAUCUCAUCUAA